AUGUCAGUGGAGGCACUGUUGGUCACAGCAGCAUGGAAGGGACCUUAUGAGAAGGACUAUAACCUGGUACCAUGGUUAACAACAUUUUUUGUUUACUCCAAAAGAUGUGCAAGAAAUAAAAACAUGGGAAAUGUAACAUCUGCACCAGAAUUCCACUUCAUUCAACUCUCAGAGGAUCCUGACCUACAGCCUGUCCUCUUUGGCCUAUUCUUGUCCAUGUACAUCUUGGCCCUGUUUGGAAACCUGCUCAUCAUCCUGACAGUAAGCUCUGACUCCCAUCUCCAUACACCCAUGUACUUCUUCCUCUCCAGCCUGUCCAUGGUUGAUAUUGGUUUUAUCUCCACCACUGUUCCCAGGGUGAUUGUGGACAUCCAAACCCACUGCCCAGUCAUCUCCUAUGUGGGCUGCCUGACACAGAUGUCAUUGUUUAUAAUUUUUGGAGGUAUGGAUAACAUGCUUCUGGUUGUGAUGGCAUAUGACAGGUUUGUGGCCAUCUGCCACCCUCUGUAUUAUCAGGUCAUUAUGAAUCCCAGUCGUUGUUGUGUCUUACUUCUAGGGUGUUUUCUCCUUAGCUUUGCAGACUUACUAUUGCACUAUGUGGCAGUAGUAGUAAAUUUUUCCAACUGUGAGGAUUAUGUUGAAAUUUCCAACUUCUUCUGUGACCCUUCUGAACUACUUAAAGUUGCCUGUUUUGAUAAUUUCACCAGUAGCAUAGUCAGAUACUGUGUAGGUGCUCUCUUUGGGUUACUUCCUAUUUCAGGAAUCAUUUUCUCUUACUAUAAAAUAGUUUCCUCCAUCAUGAGAUCAUCAUCAUCAAGUGGGAAGCAGAAAACCUUCUCCACCUGUGGGUCUCAUUUGUCCAUUGUUUGCCUGUUUUAUGGAACAGGACUAGGGGUGUACUUCAGCUCCUCUCUGUCACAUUCUCCAAGAAGUGUUGCAGUGGCCUCAGUGAUGUACACUGUGGUCACACCUAUGUUGAAUCCCUUCAUCUACAGUCUGAGGAACAAGGACAUUAAAACUGCCUUAAGGAAGAUUCUUAGCAGAGUAUUCUAA